AUGAGUUGGAUGAAGGAAUGUGUUGCAUCUGCUAGAGUUUCUGUGUUGGUUAAUGGGUCUCCAACACCAGAGUUUUGUCCACAGAGGGGUCUUCGACAGAGAGAUCCAUUGUCACCAUUUAUGUUCAUCAUUGUGGCUGAAGCACUCAACAUUUUACUGGCUAGAGCUAAAAGUUUGGGUCUGAUCAGAGGGGCAUUUGUUGGCUCCAGUGGUCUUAGGAUCACUCAUUUACAAUUUGCAGAUGACACUAUUAUGUUUUAUGAAGCUGAUUGGAGGGAAAUUAUUAAUAUAAAAAGAAUCCUCAGGUUUGGAGCAGAAGAUAAUUCCCUCUGGAAGGAUGUAAUAUGUAGAAAGUACAUGGAGCUAGCUUGGAAUUGGUUUCUAUCCAAUGAGAGGGUUAGCAGGAUGUCCAAGAUUUGGGGUGAUAUAGUUAACACCGUGGCUACUAGGGCAGAGUUUCUUCAAUUUUUUAAGAGUAAUGUUGUUGUCAAGAUUGGGGAUGGUAGAAGAACUAGAUUUUGGACUGACUGUUGGUUAGAUGGUGUAUGCCUCAAAGAUGAGUUUCCUAGACUUUACUCUCUUUCAGUUGACAAAGUAGGGUCUGUGUUUAUGUUUCAUAACUGUAGAGAUAAGUCUGGAAAUUGGAUCUUUAAUUUUAGGAGACCCUUUUUUGCUUGGAAGGAAGAGGAGAUGAGUAGAUUGAUUGUGCAUCUCAGCAGUUCUCUAGUGCUUAGCGUAAAUGUUGCUAACUGUUUGUGUUGGAGAGCAGAUCUAUCUGGUAUCUUUAGUGUUUCAUCUGUCUAUAAUUGGUUUGAAUUGGGUUUUGGUCCUACCUGCAUGAUCUCUAGAUCUUUGGGGAAGGCUUUCUUUGGAUGGUUGGUUUGGAGGGGUAGAAUAAAGACAACUAGUUUAUUAAGAAGGAUUGGUAUCCUAAAUGUUAAUGUUGAUGCUAAUUUUGAAGUUUUAUGUGAUACCAUUAAGGUACGAAUUGCCUUGUGGGUGAAGUCCUCAGAUGCUUCUCUGGCUUAUUCUGUCAAUGAUCUAGUUCAUAAUCUGCAACAUUUCUUUGUUGUUAAUUCUGGCUUGACUAGCAUUUCUGGUGUCAUAAUCUGUUAA